UUUUCCUUUCUGUGAUAGGAUCACAUUCGAUAUUCACAACGUGUGUUCAUUCUGCUUGCUCUUUUUGGUUGAAGGUCAGGCACGAUCUCGAGUAAGAAGUUAUAUGUAGCAAUUUCAACUGACUGCCUGUGCUCUGCGAGAAAACAGCACUUGAACCCCAGAACAUGGCUAAAGUGCAGGUCACCAAUGUGAUGGUUUUGGAUAACCCGUCACCCUUUCUCAACCCGUUCCAAUUCCAGAUAACUUUCGAGAGCAUAGAAAACCUGGAUGACGAUCUUGAGUGGAAAAUUAUUUAUGUCGGAUCAGCAGAGAGCGAGGAUCAAGAUCAAGUUCUAGAUUCCGUGCUGGUCGGGCCCAUUACAGCUGGCCAGCACAUGUUUGUCUUUCAGGCGAACGCACCGAACCCGGAGUUGAUCCCAUCGGCCGACCUGCUUGGCGUGACGGUAGUCUUGUUGACCUGCUCAUUCCGCCACAAGGAGUUUGUGCGAGUCGGCUACUAUCUGAAUAACGAAUACUUAGACCCGGAGAUGCGUGAGAAUCCGCCGGCCGCAGUCAACGUGCAGGAGAUCCAAAGGAAUAUUCUGACAUCUAAUCCACGUGUGACGCGGUUCAAGAUCAACUGGGAUGAACAGCCCUGCAAGGCGGCAGCAGGAGCCUGCGGUGGAAAUGGAAAUGGAAAUGGAUGCGGCAUGCCUGUGGUUGUGAGUGAUGAGCAACUGCUAAACGGUGAAGAUACCAGAUAAGCCGUGUGGGAAAGAUUCUCCUGGCGGUCGGACUUUGGUCAGUUUAUCACUGUCCUGCUGGCCUGCAUUAUUGCAAAGCUCUUCUCCUUUGCUUGCUGCCGCUUCGUUUUCGUAACACGGUAUUUGGUACUUAGUGCUGUUGCCUGCAUGCGCUGCACUGCUCAACACCACUCCGUAUAGCUGUACAUAUCGGCUGCUCGCUGCGGCUUGGGUCUGCAGACCGUGGCACUCCGCCACCCCGCAGUACCGGUUCUGUGCCCCCUGUUGUCGCUGCCGCCGCCCGCUCAUCUCCAAACAGUCCAAGCCCACGCGCUGUCUGCUAGUCCUGAUUAGUCCGGAUGGUCUGCACUGAAGGCGGACACGUCACUGAACACGUAUUACUCUGUGAAUAGUUCUGUACAGUAUCAUGAAACAUAUCCUAAAACAUAAGCGAUGCUAAAACAUUAAACCUUGACGACUCACGAAAACUCACCAUACUUGAACAUCAAGCAUCAGGUCAUCAUUGUUUUGUUUUUUAAAUGACCCCUUUCUUUAUCUAUGUGUCCUCUCUCCCAAUCUUGUCUUCGUUUCACUUCUUCUAGUCCUAGUGGCAGUGGCUGUUUUAGUUUUAUAUUCUCCCAGCUUAGCUUGGGCUCGGUAUGCACGGCGAUAAUGAUGGUUCUUCUUUGAUCCUUGACGUUUUUUAAUAGUGAAUGCUGGAAAGCUAGUAUAUUUUCAUUGUUCUACAUCACAUGUGUUUGAUGAAGACGAGUCCGGUGCCAGGGA